GCCAAGACGUUCUCUUCCUGGUUACGUUGUCUGACUCUUACGUCACUAGAACGCGCCGCACGUGUUGGACAGCUGCUUAAAGGAGUCGCGCGCGGGUAGAAGGUAAUUGAGGAAUCUUUGAGAGACUGGUAAGAUUACCAUGAAGGGAAAAAAGACGCUGAAAAGGAAUGUUCCAGCAGAGGAGAGCAAUGGAACAACGGACGCAAAGCGACCCAAAAGUGAGCCUUCAUGCAAAACUGUGACUCACCAGUCAUACGGUACAGUAGGAGGUAUUGUUUUGACCCUUGGGCAAGGAGAUGUUGGUCAGCUGGGUUUAGGAGAGGACGUGAUGGAAAGGAAGAAACCAGCACUGGUGCCUCUUCCAGAGGAAAUUGUGCAGGCCGAGGCAGGAGGAAUGCACACGGUGUGCCUUGGAGUAUCUGGAAAUAUCUAUACUUUCGGCUGUAAUGAUGAAGGUGCACUGGGUCGGGACACAACAGAAGAAGGGUCAGAAACGAGACCAGAAAAAGUAGAUUUGUCGGAAAAGGUGGUGCAAGUGUCUGCAGGAGACAGUCACACUGCUGCUCUGACAGAAGAUGGACGCGUGUUUAUUUUUGGAUCCUUCAGGGAUAAUAAUGGUGUUAUAGGGUUAUUAGAGCCCAUGAAAAAGAGUGCUGUACCCAUACAGGUGCAAAUAAAUGUACCAGUUAUCAAAAUAGCCUCAGGAAAUGAUCAUCUUGUAAUGCUAACCGCAGAUGGCGAUCUGUACACAUCAGGUUGUGGAGAACAGGGUCAACUUGGCCGUGUCCCAGAGAGGUUUACCAACCGCGGUGGACGCAAGGGCUUAGAGAGGCUUUUGGUUCCACAGUGCAUUCAUUUAAAGGUAAAGGGCACAGGUCGUGUACAUUUCCAGGAUGUCUUCUGCGGUGCUUAUUUCACUUUUGCAAUAUCCAAAGAGGGCCAUGUUUAUGGUUUCGGACUCUCCAACUAUCACCAGCUUGGUACCAAGUCAACCAACUCCUGCUUUGCACCCCAAAACUUGACUUCUUUCAAAAACUCUACCAAAUCCUGGGUAGGCUUUUCUGGAGGACAGCACCACACAGUGUGCGUUGACUCAGGAGGCAAGGCAUACAGUCUUGGUCGAGCAGAAUAUGGCAGGCUGGGUCUUGGGGAGAAAGCGGAGGAGAAAAGUGAACCCACUGAGAUUCCGGACCUGCCCAAAAUAGCAUCGGUGGCCUGUGGGGCAUCAGUCAGCUAUGCAGUUUCUCAGGAUGGUCAUGUCUUUUCUUGGGGCAUGGGAACAAACCAGCAAUUAGGCACUGGUGAAGAAGAUGAUGUCUGGAGCCCCUAUGAAAUGACAGGGAAACAGCUUGAAGGAAAGGAAGUCUUGUCCGUCUCCAGUGGAGGUCAGCACACUGUAUUACUUGUGAGAAAACGCAGCUGACUGCCAGUAGCCGCCAUCUAAUUCAACCAAGACAGCCAGUUUAAGAUGGAUUCCCUGAGUUGACUGCACCAAAUCUAAAUAUAUUUUACUAAAUAGGCCAUAAUUAUUUACGGCUCCCUGUGAGGGGCAGACUUCAUCCAUGGAUCAGUCUGUAAUGUGCCGAUACCUGUGUAUGUUACCAUCCUACCUCUUUAUGCUCCCCCCAGGUUCAAAGAGAUAUUCAUUGUCUUUUCUCCUCAGUGUGUAAUAUAUACAUACAAUACUACUACCGUGCUUGUCUUUCUAUAACCUCCCUGUAUAAUUGGUUUUAUGGAGCUGGGACAGUGACAUGUGGUGAGCACCAUUUGGGUGCCACCAAUGUCCACUGCUUUGGGUUUAUUGUGAUUUAGAUGCAUUUUAUUUUUAAUAAUCCCCCUAAAACAGAAUAACCGCUUUAUUUUUUUAAUGUGACUGGCGUUUCAUUGUACAUAACGGCGUGUAGGACACAAAGAAAAUCUGUUUCCACUGCCUGUUUUAAAGAUUUAAAUCUACCUGGCAGGGAUAUAAAACAUAUUUUAAAAAUUUUGAAUAAAUCUGUUUUUCUUAAAA